GGAAGAAUUGGUGGACCUAUUUUCACAUUUCUCUUUCCCAGCACUUUGCAAUUCCUCCAUUAAAUAAGCUAUCUUCCCUCUUCUGAAGUUCUCCAAAGAAGCAAUUGUCCUCCAAUACAGUUUUUGUUCUCCCUGUCUGGAGUUCUCGUUUCUUAAUGGCCUCGAAAAGGAUACUGAAGGAGCUGAAGGACUUGCAGAGGGAUCCGCCGGCUUCGUGCAGCGCAGGUCCUGUGGGUGAGAAUAUGUUCCAUUGGCAAGCAACCAUCAUGGGUCCAAAUGAUAGUCCGUAUGCUGGUGGUGUUUUCCUUGUGACCAUCCAUUUCCCUCCUGAUUAUCCUUUUAAACCUCCCAAGGUUGCCUUCAGGACCAAGGUUUUCCACCCGAACAUAAACAACAAUGGCAAUAUCUGCUUAGACAUACUCAAAGAACAAUGGAGUCCUGCGCUCACCAUAUCUAAGGUUUUACUGUCUAUAUGUUCACUGCUAACGGACCCAAACCCGGAUGAUCCGCUGGUACCGGAGAUUGCUCGGAUGUUCAAAACCGACAAGUUCAAGUAUGAAUCUACAGCGCGGAGCUGGACCCAAAAAUAUGCUAUGGGGUGAAGAAGUAGGUGCCAUUAACGAAACCAAGUUCUGAUAAUAUAACAUUAGCAACUUUGGUUAGAAUAAAACGCAAGUCAUUUCUGAGCCUUUUAUAUUAUUCAUUUAGGAGUUGUUCUAUGCUUAUCGAGAGAUGAAUUAUGUCAUUGUGAAUGUAAUAAACUGAAUUAGAUGAAUUGUCCCUGUAAUAAAAUUUGUUCUUUUA